AAACAUGCGCCCCUUCCUCUCCUCCAUCUAGCCAACCUUCCUUUUUUCCCAACCCCCUUUCACAAACUUUUUUCCCCCCCCCCCCCCCCCUCGAAUGCUCCGUCCCGUGUUUCCUUCCUCCUGCGUCUCUUCCAGAUCCCAACAGCAACUUGGCGGCAGUGCCUCCUCUUCGAAGCCCGCCCCUCCGCUGUGUUCGCUUCUGGGAACAAGUGGGGAAGAAGGGCCCUCGCCCUCCGGGUCGCUUUGGGCAGGGGGCCUGCGGGGUGGGGCCUCUUAUGGUGGUGUUUGGUGGUGCUACGUUGCAUCCGAGAAGGGGAUCUCUUUGCCAAGUUGGCCGUCGCGCUGUAUCUCUGGGGCCCUUAGAGACCCCCAGAGCGCUUCUUCGGGGGAGAAGCGAAGCGCUCGAGGUCCCUCAAAGGCGGUGCAGCAGCGGAUGCUUCUCCAGGCUUGCAGAGAGCAGGACUGAAGAGCGGCAGGGGUGGUGGUUGCAGCAGAAGGAGCAGCAGGUAGAGCAGCAAUGGGCAGAAAGGGCGGAGUUGCUUCGGGGUCUCGUACAAGCACGUGCAGCCAUGGACGGCUCGGUUUCGGAAAUAUGGCGUAUGACGCAGCAGCUCUCAAAGCGCCAUGCGCAGCAGCAGGAGGAGUCGCUGCGGCAGCACUGCCGCAGGAGCGUUUACGAGCUGGAGCCUUACGUUCUCUCCGAUCUCUGGGCCUAUGCCACUGAGGAGGACGCGUGGAUUCUGCUGUCUUCUGGUUCUGCGCGAAGGGCACGGGGGGGCCCUCUCGCGCAGAAUGCAGAAACGGCAGCAACAGCACCAGAGACAGCAGCCCCCUCGAAGGGGGCAAACGCGGAAGGCAACACUGAGCAUCAUCCUUGCCCUCGCACUGCCAUGUCGCUCACCCUCUUUAGACCCUCUAAAGAAGCGCUGAUUCUGGUGCUGUACGGAGGCCUAGACGCGGAGGGUUGCGUGUAA